AUGACAGCGACGGCGACUGAUACAGCACAGACGGUAAGUGAUGUCGACACUAAUAUGAUGGGCAUUCGGUCCGAAAAACUUUACAAUUUGCUGAAGACGAUAGUGGAUACUGGAGACUGCAGUGUCUUGAACGAAAACGAUCCGGAAGAAGUUUUGGCGGAAAUAAUAAAACGAAUAACACUCAACAUACCGGAGGAUGCGUUCAGAGUAGUGGGAGCGGCCGAUGAACUUCAGCGACUGAAGUAUAGGCUUGCUGAGAUUGGUGACUACUUGAGGAGAAAUUUCCAGGCGAAAGGUACAUAUCCCUUUACAAUCUUGAGGAUUUGUGAAUUGUGCUACGAUCCCCUCAAGUAUUUUAGAGUAUUCGAGCUAGAGAAGUUUGUUCAUGCAAUCUCGAGUUGCUGCUUUGUGGAGACCAGCUGGAAGCUAUUCGAAGACUGUCCGGGUCAGCGAUCUGCUCGCAAUCAUUCCGCGGUAACCAACGGCGACAGUGAGCAGGAAGAUGUAUCGUUGACCAAGAUACCUUGGAUUGAUGAGAAGACUGAAAAAAAACUAAUUCCGUUUAUUAAGGAGAUCGACAGUGUGAUGAGCGUGAAUUUUGGAUUCGAAGACGACGAGGAUGACGAAGAUGAGAGCAUGGGCGUUGAACUGAACCAAUUUGGCGGCGCCGACGGAGACUUCGUGAUCGAGGAAUACUAUGAGAAAGAUCCUGGAGAUGAAGAUGAUGACGAUGAUGAUGGCGAUGGCGAUUACGUUGAAGACGCACAGUCAGAUACUGAAGACGAUGAUCAAGACGGGGAUUCAGAGGAUGAGGAUAUUGAUGACACCAGAGGCAAUCCGCAGCGCAAGAGAAAAACUAUGGAGUUGGACGAUUUCGAAUACGUUGAGAAGUCGGCACGAAAGAGCAAACUAACCACGCCUAAGAUUAGGCCAAAGUUAAGAGAUGGUCUUAUAGGGUCGCCCGGAAGUAGUGGUUUAUCGGAGGAUCAGGACACGCCUAGGAGCUCGCAAGAGGAAGAGCGACCGGGUGGGCAGUCGCAGAUAUCUAGUCUGGACCAGGAAGUUUCAUUCUUGAUCUCGCCAGCAAAUAAAAACAGCAGCAAUACGUUCGAGGAGGGCAAGAUACGAGCUGUGACGGAUGCACCAUAUGAAAGGGAUCUCGGAAGCCCAUUGAGCAACAGGGCAAGGUGA